CUAGGCCUUUCCUGGCUGAAGCUGCACAACCCCAUCGUGGACUGGGCCCAGCAGGAACUACGCUUCCGAGACCCAUUGCUCUUCGUGAAGAAGAAAAGUGGGGAGCUCCGGCUGUGCAAUGACUACCGGGCCCUGAACAAGAUCACCAUCCGCGACCGGUACCCUCUACCACUGAUCCCUGAACUCUUGGAUCGCCUGAAGGGGGCCCAAAUCUACACCAAGCUGGACCUCCGUGGAGCGUACAAUUUGGUGCGCAUACGGCCCAGAGACGAAUGGAAGACCGCGUUUGGGACCCGAUACGGGCAGUACGAGCACCUGGUAAUGCCCUUCGGACUGACCAAUGCCCCCGCUGUCUUCCAGAGGUUCAUGAAUGACAUAUUCCGGGACCUGCUCGACCGCUUCGCGAUCAUAUACCUGGAUGACAACCUAAUUUACUCCCGCAAUCCUGCCCAGCACGCCGAGCACGUCCGCCAGGUCCUGCAGCGCCUACGAGCCCAUGGUCUCUACGCCAAGCUGGAGAAGUGCGACUUCGACCUGCGCUCCGUCGAGUUCCUUGGGCACAUCGUGUCACCGCAGGGGAUCCUCAUGGACCCGAAAGCUCGACCCACUGCCCUAGUGGGCUGGAUACAACUGGCCGGUGAGGUUGAGACCAACCUGAAGCAUGUGGCCCUGCAACGGCAGCAGCAACAAGGGGCAAGAGGGGGACGGGAAUCCAAGACAGGAACUAAAUCUGAGCCUAAGAAGGCAGCGCCCCAGGGAGGGACCCCCAAAGCGACCCCUGGGCGCCGGUGCUUCCAAUGCGGCGACCCUGGGCACUUGGCGGCCAAUUACCCGGAGAAGCCCCGCGCACCCACCCUGACCCCAAAACCGACUGCGGUUGGCCAGAAAAAGACCAGGAGCAAGCCCAAAGAACCCAGCCGGGGCAGCAUCGCCACAUCCAUGGCGCUUGACGAGGAUUCUAUAAUAACCAAGGACUUGGGGGAAGAAUCAUGGGAGCCAGAGCCGGCGGAAAACGGGAGCGACCUGCACUGA